AUGUUUUUAUUGCCAUCGGAACUCAAAAGUCUACCCGCGGUUGCGUCUAGAAAGUACUUAAAAAAAGAUGAUAUAUAAAGUAGGAGGCGCUGUUGCCGCGAGAUCUCUCGACACCGUUCAAAUAUACGGACUUUUUUUUUUUAACGUUUGGAAAUGAAAAAAAAAACGCCAUAUUUCAUUUCGCUUUGCGACAAGGGUGACUCAGCCACAAUUAACUCGGGCUGCUGCUGCUACCACCGCCGCCACCGCCGCUGCUGCUGCUGUUGCCGCCUCACUCGGCUCCCUCUUGUGCCACGCCACAGGACAACCGGUCAUAAAUAAACAAAGGAUUUAUCCGAAGGGAAAACGUUGUAAAAUCAUAUAUAAUCCCCGUAUAUUCGGCACGAAGAUCCCUUUGAAAGUGUAUACGUGUAUGUUGUGGGCGGGUGACAGCGGCGGCGUGCCGACAGAUAUGGAAAAACACAGUUCACCGAUUUGGGGUGUCGAUUUUCCGAAAGGCUUAACCGAUUGCAUUUCCAUUUUUCAUUCCGUUUCGCGUGUGCAGGCUGCAGACCUCAGCAACAGCACUGCAACAGCAUAUUAG